GGAGGAGCCGGGCGGCCGGAGGAGAAAGUGCUGUGUGUGAGCGGCUGUGUGCGGCGGCUGUCGGUGGCUCUGGCCUGGACCUGGGCCUGGGCUCGGGCUCGGCCGCCAUGAGCCUGUACUGUAAGCUCGGGCUGGCGGUGUCGGCGCUGGUGAGCGGGGCGGCGGCGCUGCGGGGCUGGAGGCGGCCCCAGGCUCAGGACCACAGUCAGUACGAGCUCCGGCAGGUGCAGGUGAUCUUCAGACACGGGGCCAGGACACCGCUGGACACCCGCUCUAUCAUUGAGGAGGCAGAAUGGAACUUAAAACUUUUAUUACCUCCUGUACACACGUUGAUUGAUUACACAGUAGUGGACCUUAACGGAAAACCACAACCUCCAUCGUUAAUUGAUGAUGCCAACAACAUAAAACAAUUUAAGACUGGGAUGCGAGUUGGUCAGCUCACUUCAGUAGGAAUGGAACAGUUGUAUGCACUAGGCAAAAGGAUGCGAGUUUCUUAUAUAGAAGAAAAGCAGUUUCUUUCUCCCGCCUACAGCCCCUUGGAGAUCUAUGUUCGUUCAACCAAUAUUGAAAGGACUAUCAAAUCUACACGGUGCAUGCUGGCUGGUUUAUUCCAGCAGAAACAGGAUGCUAAAGUGAUCAUUUUCACCACUGACACUGAAAGUGAGAUCCUGUAUCCCAACACGUACGGAUGCAAACGUCUUCAUAUUUUGAACAGACAGUUGUGGAAGAAAGUCAGAGCACAGCCUGAUGUCCAGUGUGACAUGAGAUUGCUACAGCAAUCACUAGGAGUAGUACCUGAUGAUAACGCUACCUUUAUCGACAUCAUGGAUGAUAUGAUAGCACGCAAGGCCCAUGGAUUACCCCUUCCAAAGGUCCUGAUGGAAUGGGAAGAAACCAUUAAACAACAAGCUGUGAAAACUCUUUGUAGUAGCUUCUCAUUGCCGAAUAGAGAAGGCCUGCAAUUGUCUGUGGGGCCAGUGAUCGACAUGUUGCUGACCAAUAUCAAUGACAACAUUCAAGAUGGCAACAGUUCCAGUAAACAAAAAAUGUACUUGUAUUCAGGACAUGACACCACCCUUGUCCCUAUCCUUUAUGUUUUGGGCAUUUUCAACUGGGAUUGGCCAUCGUAUGCUUCCGAUCUAACUUUCGAACUGUUUGAGCAUCAAACAUCGAAAGAGAAGUUUAUGAAGGUUUCCUACUCUGGUAAGGACCAGUUAGUGAGGGGCUGCAGUUCCAUCUUCUGCCCUCUUGAUGAGUUCCUCAAAGUAUUUAAAUGCUGCACACUCAACAUGGAGGAAUACAACACCCUCUGCGAUGAUAUAGACAGCCUUCAGAAAGAAAAACAGAGCAAAUAACUUAAUUUACCAUUUCUGAUUAUUAUUGCCUCAGUACUUGAAUUUUUAAAGUGCACGAAAAGAUUCUUUGAAAGAAGUAAUGAUCCAGGACAAUCUCUGGGCUGAACCCAUUGGUUAUUUACUGACAUUAGGAUUUUCUCAUUUACGUGUGUGUGUGUUGGAAGGGGGUUAUAUUUAUUUAAUUGUUGCUAAUUCCUUUGUUGCUCAUUCAUUGGAAUAAGGAACAGAGGAAUGAACAGGAUAGGAAAAGAGCAUAGUGGUCCAUCUGUCGAGCUCCCAAAGUUGAAUAAUUUUUUUUAAAAAAAGAUUAACUAUAAAAUGUGACCUUGCACCUUGCGGGCAAAUGUAAAAAGGCACAGGGAAAUAUAUUGGGUAUAAAGCUCAAGGGCAGGACGCAAUUGGUAGCAUAGGCUUGAUGGGCACAAUAGCCUUCUCCUGGAUUCUAUCCUGUGGAGUCCUGUAGCUUAGUGGUUAGAGCACUUCUGGCA